AUGGUAUCAAAUACAACUGACGAAAAUGAUGUUUCAGUAUGGGCUGGUCGUAUUUUACUUGUAUUUUACUGUUUAAUAUUUAUAUUUGGUCUCAUAGGUAAUUCCAUGGUUAUUUAUGUUGCUAUUCGAAAGAAAAAUUAUCGUAAUGUUACGAAUUGUUAUGUGAUUAAUUUGGCUAUAGCUGAUCUUUUAUUUUUAACACUUUCAAUUCCAUAUACAACAUAUUUAGGUGUUCAAAACACAGAUCCAUUUGGUGAUACUGUAUGUAAAAUUUACACAUAUCUUGCUUAUGGAUUUUUACAAGCUACCUGUAAUAUAUUAGCUGUGAUGAGUAUUGAUCGAUAUCUAUAUAUUGUAAGAUCAAAUUCAAAGCUUGGAUGGCGUACACCACGUAAUGCUUUUAAAAUUUGUAUUGUUAUUUGGGCAAGUUCUUUAAUAUUAAUUAUUCCUUAUCAUAUUAUAUCACGUGUAUUAAUACCAAAUAGUACUGCUUGUGGUAUGAAUGAACAUGGAAGUCUUAUUGUUUGUUUGUUUCCAUUCUGUUCUUAUUAUGCUGUACCACUGCUUGUAAUUAUCGUAUGUUAUACAAAUUUAGCAAUGCAUGUAAUAAAAACGGGUCGAACAAUGGCUGACCAUAUGAACACCACUAAUUUUCAUAAAAUAGUGCAAUUAAAACAACGACGAGUAACAAAAAUGGUAAUUGGAGUCACACUUGCAUUUGCUAUUUGUUGGUUACCAAUUCAUGUUCUUGAAUUAAUGAAAUGUGCUAAUUCAAAAUUACUUAAUACUCUUAUUAGAUCAUAUCCUGAAGUACUUUAUUCAAUUCGUGCAGUUACACAUGCAUUAGCUUAUUUCAAUUCAUGUUUAAAUCCAUAUUUAUAUGCUAUAUUAAAUCGUAAUUUUUGUAUUGAUCUUGUUGAUAUUAUGCCAGCAUGGGGAAUAUGUUGUAAACAAGCAGAAAAUUUCGAAAAUAAACAUUUCAAUGCGAGUAAAAGAUAUCCAGCAACAAUCUUAUCAAGAAAUCAAGUUGUUGCAGAAAAAUAUAAACAAUACGAUGAUAACGAUGAAAUAGAUUGUUGUGAACAAAAACCCAUCAUGAAUGAUAUUAAUUGUCAAGUGGAAUUACUUCGAAUAAAAUCUGAUCAACAUAAUCAAGAUAUAUCUUCUAUUACAGACCAAACACAACUAACUUAA